UGUCUGUCGAGCUGUAGCAGAAAGCUGUAAAAUUUUGUAAACAGAUCAAGUUAUUGCAUAUUUUCUAGUUCUUUUCUGGUCCCGCGAGGGUUUCUGUAUCAAAAUGGAUACAUUGUGAAUCCAAUGUAGGUCUUGCUUCUGACCGAAGUCAAGUUAAGGUCAAAAGUGAACGUUUUUAUGUGUUAUCACUGAGGGACAUAACCUAAAGGUUAAACUUGUGAAGUGAACUUUACUCGCCCUCGUCAUGCCCGGUGGAGAAAUCAUUAAGAGGCUAAAAACGGGGGUGCAGGUGGCGACCAACGUCACCGAGCAGAAGCACCACGUCUCGCGCGACAAGCGCGGCCAGAUCCUAGGCAACCUCCGCGGCUUCCGAGGAUGCACCGUCUGGUUCACCGGGCUGUCCGGGGCGGGCAAGACGUCCGUGUCGUUCGCGCUGGAGGAGUUCCUGGUGGGGCGCGGCAUCGUGGCCUACGGCCUGGACGGUGACAACAUCCGCACCGGGCUCAACAAGAACCUGGGCUUCUCCAAGGAGGACCGCGAGGAGAACAUCCGGCGAGUGGCCGAGGUGGCGCGCCUCUUCGCCGACAGUGGCGUGGUCGCCCUGUGCAGCUUCGUGUCCCCCUUCGCCGAGGACCGAGAGAUGGCGCGGCAGAUCCACAAGGACGCCGACCUGCCCUUCUUUGAGGUGUUCGUCGACACGCCGCUCAACGUGUGCGAGCACCGCGACGUCAAGGGCCUCUACCAGAAGGCGCGCGCGGGCAGCAUCAAGGGUUUUACUGGAGUAGACCAGGCUUAUGAAAAACCAGAGCACCCAGACAUGGUCAUCAAGACAGUGGGUGCCACUGUAAAGGAGAGCAUGCUGCAAGUUGUUGAAAUGCUCGAAGAAAAUGGCAUCAUUCCUCGCUCUGGACGUCCCUCAUCCUCUGGCAUCGUAGAAGAAUUAUUUGUCCCAGAAAACCUUGUUCAAGCAGCAAUGGAGGAGGCCAGUAAUCUUUCCGGCCUUCACAUCAAUGAAGUUGAUUUGCAGUGGGUUCAGGUCCUGGCCGAAGGAUGGGCUGCUCCUCUCCGAGGGUUCAUGACUGAAGACCAGUACUUGCAGUGUCUUCAUUUUAACUGCCUUCUAGAAGAAACAAGCCUAACAAACCAGUCCAUCCCCAUCGUUUUACCUGUAAAUGAUGCGGACAAGGAGCGUCUUGAAGGAGUGGAAGCAAUCUCUUUAAUACACAAUGGUGAAAGAGUUGCUAUUAUCCGCAAGCCUACAUUCUACCCUCACCGCAAAGAAGAACGAAUCUGCCGUCAGUUUGGUACCUCACAUCCUGACCACCCAACCAUUCGAAUGAUUCUGGAUAGUGGAGACUGGCUGGUUGGAGGAGAAAUCGAAGUCCUGCAACGUAUAGUUUGGCGAGAUGGUUUGGAUGAGUACCGGCUCACUCCUAAUGAAUUGCGCUCCAAGUUCCACGAAAUGGGAGCUGAUGCCGUGUUUGCAUUCCAACUACGAAAUCCCAUUCACAACGGUCACGCUCUGUUGAUGCAGGAUACCCGCCGCCGUCUCCUUGAAAGAGGUUUCAGACGUCCCGUUCUCUUGUUGCAUCCCUUGGGAGGCUGGACUAAAGAUGAUGAUGUGCCUCUUCCGGUUAGAAUGAAGCAGCACCAGGCUGUCCUGGAAGAGGGCGUUCUGCACUCAAACGACACUGUGUUGGCCAUCUUCCCAUCUCCGAUGCUCUAUGCCGGUCCCACAGAGGUCCAGUGGCAUGCCAAAGCACGAAUGACUGCUGGAGCCAACUUCUACAUUGUGGGACGAGACCCAGCUGGACUACCACAUCCCGAUAAGAGCAUAGGUGGGGACUUGUUUGACCCGACUCAUGGCUCUCGAGUGCUGAAGGUAGCGCCAGGGCUCACUUCCCUUGAAAUCAUUCCAUUCCGAGUGGCAGCAUAUGACAAAAUUGCCAGGAAGAUGGCUUUCUUUGAUCCAGAUAGGAAGCAAGAUUUUGACUUUAUAUCUGGAACUAAAAUGAGAGGUCUUGCUAAGAGUGGUGAAAAUCCACCAGAUGGUUUUAUGGCAACAAAGGCUUGGAGAAUAUUGGCAGGAUACUAUCAAUCCCUUCAAAAAGGACAGUAAAGGAAUCCAAGAGAUGCAGGAAUUUCCUGAGAAAGAAUUUACUGUCCAUUGCAAUUAAAUUUUGAACUUAUUACUAUUUUUGAUUGUCAUAUCACCCUUCUAAUUUGACAUGGAUUCCAUUCUAUGAAUUAAUAUUCAAAAAGCCAUGUUUACAUGGUUAUACAAUUAUGUUCAGGAAUGUAAGUGAAUGAUGGCACAUCUUGAUUUAAACUCUUAAGAAUUUGUGUUGCAUCACCGAAGCAUUUUCAGAUAUAGGGUAGUUGGAAUAUGUAGCUAGUCACUGACAUUUUUUUUUUUUUCAUUUUUUUUUUCUGAUGAGGUGCAUGGUAGCC